CUUUCCCAGCGUCCGUGAAGAGGCGCCAUUCACAAAUCCCAGCGUCUUGGGAGCCCCCUGAAGGUACCACAAAGUGAAACUCCGAGUGGCGAAGUUGGGUUUGUUGUGUUUGCGUGCUUCAUUUCCGUCUAUUUCCUCGACGUGUUCGAACCCAGGAAGCCAGGAUCGAACCCAGGCUCCGACGAGGAUGCGAGUGAGGCAACAGCUAUGACGCCUCCGCGGUGAUUUCCGCUAUUUCGCAGGUCGAGCGGUCAACUAGUGUUGGCUGACACAUAUACUCGUCACUCGGCUAGAUAGCUCCCCUCCAACCCCCAUCGAUCGACCUCCACGAAGGUUUUAAAAUGUCCAAAAAGUCGCAUCGCUUGACUUCUCAGGAGGAACUUUUCCACGGGCAAAGUUGGUGGAAAGUGUCCGCCCUCGUUGCACUGCUGCUGGGUGUGCUUGCCUCGACGUGCCGGGCGGAGGAAGCGUCCUGUCAUGGAGCCUACGAUCUUUAUUUCGUCCUGGACAAGUCGGGAAGCGUCGCCAACGACUGGUUCGAGAUCUACUCCUUCGUCAAGAACCUCACCGACAGAUUCGUGAGUCCGAGAAUGAGAGUGUCCUUCAUCGUGUUCUCGGCCCAAGCUCGCGUUCUCCUCCCGCUGACAGGAGACAGGUCCCAGAUCGAAGGAGGCCUGGAGAAACUACGAGGCGUCACGCCGGCCGGCGAGACGUACAUGCACGAGGGCAUCAAAGAGGCCACAGACCAGAUCCAGAAGCAGGCCACCAAGCCCUCCAGCAUCAUCCUGGCGCUGACGGACGGGAAGCUGGAAGUGUUUGUUCACGAGCUCACCGUCAAGCAGGCCGACGAAGCCAGGAGGUACGGCGCUCGCGUCUACUGUGUUGGCAUCAAGGACUUUGAUGAGCAGCAGCUCGCCGACAUCGCCGACACCCGGGACCAAGUGUUCCCCGUCAAAGAUGGCUUCCACGCGCUCAAAGGCAUCGUCAACUCGAUAUUGAAGAGAUCGUGCACCGAAAUCCUGAGCGUGGAGCCCUCCAGCGUCUGUGUCAACGAGUCCUUCAACAUCGUCCUACGAGGGAAUGGCUUUGCUCUCGGCCGCAGCAGCGAAAGUGUGGUGUGCAGCUUCAUCUUGGACCAGCAAACCAUUAAUCACAAGCCGAGCACCGUUCGCAAUGAUUACCUGCUCUGCCCUGCCCCCGAGCUCUACCAAGUGGGACAGACCAUGGACGUUCUCAUCAGCCUGAACAACGGCAAGUCGUUCAUCAGCAGCGCCUACACCAUCACGGCGUCCACGUGUUCGGACGGCCUGGCGGUGGGCAUCGUCAUCCUGGUGCUGCUGGCGCUGGUGGCUCUGGCCCUCACGUGGUGGUUCUGGCCCCUCUGCUGCACCGUGGUCAUCAAAGACCCGCCGCCACCGCCCCCACCUUCACGACCCCCGCCACCCGAGCCCGAGCCGCUGGCCAAGAAGAAAUGGCCGACGGUUGACGCCUCCUACUACGGAGGAAGAGGAGCUGGAGGCAUCAAGCGCAUGGAGGUGCGCUGGGGCGAGAGGGGCUCCACGGAAGAAGGGGCCCGCCUGGAGAAAGCCAAGAACGCGGUGGUGUCCAUGCCCGAGGACGCGGAGGAGCCCAUGGUGAAGCGGCCCGCCUCCAAGCCCCCCCGCACCUACCACCGGGCCGAGAACAAGUGGUACACGCCCAUCAAGGGUCGUUUGGACGCCUUGUGGGCUUUGAUGCGACGGCAGUACGACCGCGUGUCCCUCAUGCGACCCACCUCGGCGGACCAGGGACGCUGUGUCAAUUUCAACCGCGUGCAACGUCGCUAAAAGAAGACGAAGACGCCGAGGACGCCGCCGCCGCCAUGUGCUCAAUUUCACACUUUGCUCCGCUUCCUCACUAAGUUAUUUCUACUUCCUUGCUUUCAUUUUUAUGCGGAAAAACACGCCGACCCUGAACGCAUCGCAUAUUCCGACCAUAUUGACAAAGGGAGACAAAAAGGGUGGCGUUUGUCAGAAGAGCCCCGGCGGGGCGGGGCGGGGCGGGACCCCACCGGAGUCCAAGCGGGUUCACCCGUCGGCGACGUCUCGUCAGCGAGCGGCGCCGAUGAACCUCGUAUGCCCGGCGGCCGCCCUUUUUUUUUUUUUUUUUUGACGUCCCGAUGUGUUCAUGUGCUCACUGAGGAGUGCACACGCAUGACGGGCCGCGGACAGGACGCCCCAAGGUUGGGGCCGGUUGUAGACUUUGCCCUUCCCGGGACACCUUCCCGUCAUCAGGAAAUUAAUAGAGCGUUAUUCCACCGCGGGUCAAGCGGGGGCCCGGUUGGCGUUUUGAGGGAUGGAUGCCUCGCAGACCUUGACACGGCGUUUGGCGUUUUCCCACAGUCUGCUGUGCGCUCGGCAAGGCAUGAAACGGGACUUGGGACUCGGGUGGACGCCUGGACGCUCCGCGUCGCACGGCACCGACGUUAAAAUUAUAUUUUAAUUAAAAAUAAUUAAAAGCAACAGCGAGCAGCCGCCUGUGAAGACACGCCCCCUUUUUGUCAUUUUUUUUUUUUUUUUUUGGACAUCGGGAAAGGAGGACACCCGGUCCACCCGGUCCCUGGACGUCCGGAACGCAAACCCAAAGCAACGGAUGCGACGAACGGAUAAGUAUUGUUCAUUCCCAGAAAAUGAGGUCCCCGCCCGGCCGGGGCCGCCCCCGCCCCUGCCCCGCCCCCCAAAAAAGCAACCUAUUUCUAUAUAUCGAGCGGGCGGGGGGGGCGACGGAGAACUGGGGGGGGGGGGCGUGGGCUUGAAGAAAAAGGCUCGAAUGAUCCAGUCACUUCGGAUUCGGGACUUGAGAUGGCGAGUGGAGAUUGGAGUGGAAACCUGACAAAGCGCGGCGCCCUUGACGGGAAGCGGUAUGGACAAUGACCAGUGGCGGGGUCAGUGGCGCGUCUGCGCGCACGCGGGGGGGGGGAGCUUAUCACAUGACACUAAAAAUAAGUCCAAGCAACGUCAACUUUCAACCGUCCCAGGGGAACGCCAACGCCCCGGCUAAUUAUUAUUCCUUUGUUCCCGCCUCCACCUUGCACCGCGCGAGCGCCACGUCCCCGACAACAAAGAAUUUUUUAUUUUUUUUUUUUUUUACGUUUUUUUUUUGCGUCUUCGCCUCAACACGUAUAAAAAAGUAUUUCCCGAUAGCAUGUUUUUAAAAAAAAAACAUCACCGAAUUCACGUGCAUUUUUUUUUAACGCGGUGAACAAUACCUUCCUAUUGUUUUUAUAUUAUUGUAUUUUUACACUCAAUACAGACUGUAUAAAAAAAAAAAAAAAAACAUGUGUGUGUAUGGUGUGUGUUUUUGUCCGCGCCAACACGCGUGUGCCGGUACUGGUGAACACGCUAAAGGGGAUCUUUAAUUGGGCCCGUAUAGAUUUAUACGGGCCGACAGGGACCGCCAUUAUACACUCGCACUACAUGUGUGUGUGUGUGUGUGUGUGUUUGGACAGGGUGGACAGUGGGCAACUUCUCCCCCUGUGAAGUCACCGGAGGCGUGACAAACACACACACACACACACACACACACCAUCCCUCCGAGGUCUUCAUCGCCCCAAAAAUGAGGUCUUGUGUUUAGUAAAAAAAUAUGCACUCGUGCACCUUCUGCUUUCUCCAUAUUUGUGUGUGUGUGUGUGUGUGUGUUUGUGUGUGUUUUCCCGUGCUAAACAAACCAAAGAUGACCCAUAAAGAACACCAAAAUACUCCCGUUAACGGUGUUAUAGUAAUAAAGUUUUUUUUUUCAAAUAGAAUAUCCUAUACUAUAAAUAAUAAUAAUAAUAAAAAAAAUAGUACACGUGUACUAGUAAUGUGAGGAUGGAUGAUGAAGUAUGGAUAUUUACAUGGAUACUCAAAUACCAACAUGGAUAAGUUUGAUAUUGAAAUCAAAAAAACUUUAUUUGUAGAGUACUUUUCAUACAGGAAA